UAGUGCCGUAGUGAGAUAAGUCGUUAUAGAAGGGAAGGCAGUAUAGAGCGGCGAUAGGUGCGCGCGCAGGGCGGCGGGCGCGGCGCGGCCCGUCAGUCCGGCCGCCCCCGCCGCUCGCUCCGGUCCCGGCGCCGCCGGGUGCUGUGCCGGAUGCCGCUGCCGGCCGCCGCCUGCGAUGGUCCACGCCGGGCCGGUGCGCGCUCCUACCCGCGCUAUGUUCACCGCCGCUGAGACGAAGCCGCGUCGCGCCGUCUCCCCGCUCGGUAUUCCGAAGUCCCCGUCGUUCCAUUCGGGACUCGAUCUGGUCGCCAGCCAAACUACCAAGCGCUCCGAAAGCGUGUCCGACGUCGCUCGUGCGUUCCGUUUCGCGCUUUUCUCUGGUGGAAUGGAGGCCCCGGGUCCGCCGCAGAAGGCGCCGUCGCCGCCGGGCGCGCGCAGCCCGCCCGCAGCUGCGAUCACGCCCGAACGGCUCGCCGUGCCCGCUGAUAAAGAGAGCCUCAUGGUCCAAUUGCCCAUACUUAAAGAUGCGCCGGCCGCCGAACGCGAGCAGCUCUUCGUACAGAAGCUACGACAGUGCUGCUUGCUGUUCGACUUCGCUGAUGAACCCCUCUCAGACUUGAAGUGGAAGGAGGUGAAGCGCGCCGCUCUGCUGGAGAUGGUGGAGUAUGUCACGUCGCAGAGGGGAGUCGUCACUGAGGCGAUAUACCCCGAGGCGGUGAAUAUGUUUGCCAUAAACCUCUUCCGGACACUGCCGCCGUCGUCCAACCCCAACGGCGCAGAGUUCGACCCUGAAGAGGACGAACCCACACUCGAGGCUGCCUGGCCACAUCUUCAGCUAGUCUACGAGUUGUUUCUGAGACUGUUGGAGUCUCCGGACUUUCAACCCAAUGUAGCCAAGAAGUACAUUGACCAGAAGUUUGUGCUAUCGUUGCUAGACCUGUUCGAUUCCGAGGACCCCCGCGAGAGAGACUUCCUCAAGACAACGCUGCACAGGAUAUAUGGAAAGUUCUUAGUGCUGCGCGCCUACAUACGGAAACAGAUCAACAAUGUAUUUUAUAGGUUUAUAUACGAGACGGAGCAUCACAACGGAAUAGCGGAAUUGCUGGAGAUCCUCGGCUCCAUCAUCAACGGCUUCGCGCUGCCAUUGAAGGAGGAACACAAGAUGUUCUUACUCAGGGUGCUGCUACCUCUCCACAAGGCGAAGUCUCUGUCUGUGUACCACCCCCAGCUAGCUUACUGCGUAGUACAAUUCCUGGAGAAGGACCCCUCCUUAACACAACCCGUAGUUAGGGCAUUAUUAAAAUACUGGCCAAAGACGCACUCGCCCAAGGAGGUGAUGUUCCUUAACGAGAUGGAGGAAAUACUGGACGUGAUCGAACCCGCCGAGUUCCAGAAAAUCAUGGACCCGCUCUUCAGGCAGCUCGCUAAGUGCGUCUCCAGCCCGCAUUUCCAAGUGGCCGAGCGCGCCCUCUACUACUGGAACAACGAGUACAUAAUGUCCCUGAUCUCGGACAACGCGCACCACAUCCUGCCCAUCAUGUUCCCCUCGCUGUACCGGAACACCAAGAGCCACUGGAACAAGACCAUCCACGGGCUGGUCUACAACGCGCUCAAGCUGUUCAUGGAGAUGAACCAGAAGCUCUUCGACGAGUGCACGCAGCAGUACAAGCAGGAGAAGCACAAGGAGCGAGAGCGUCUCCUGCAGAGGGAAGAGCUAUGGCAGCGGCUAGAAGCCAAGGCGGCCAAGGCGCCGCCGCCUGCGCCGCGCCGCGACGACAACAUACAGUUCGCGGACGACGCGCCAGACCUCAGCUACACCAGGAUCGAGAGGGAGGCGACGCAGGCUCGCAAGCAAGGUUUAACCUCAGCCAAGCCAGCGCCCCUGCUCCGCAAGAAGUCGGAGCUGCCCGCCGACUCCAGCACCGUGGCCGCGCUCAUCCAGCACCAGCGCGCCGACCAGUACCUGAGCACGCCGCCCGACCCCGACCAGUGCUAGCGGACGUGAG